UGUUGGCAAAAAAUAAGGGGGGAUCCACUUUUUAACAUACUUUUUCGUAUUUCCGAAUGGUGCUGAAUAGUCAUUCAACUGAUGCGGAGAAUCUCGUCUACUUUGAAAGUCUUAAACGAUGUGUUUAUCUGUCUUUCUUGAAAAAAGUAACAAAAUUCGUCGAGUUCCAAAGUUUUGAUAAAUCUAGUUUGUGUUCAGUCUUAUGUGCUCAUAACUCUGCCUUUCGUUAGAAAAUAGAAAAACCAACGAAAAAUCAAGUCUCAUGUUGCUCCUAAGAAAACGCGUAUAAUAGUCUCAUUGGCCUUCAUGGGACAAACAACGCGGAAGUGUAUGUGUUAUGAGGCUGCUAGCAUUUCGUUUUGUCAUUUAAGUUCGUGUUCGAAUGUUCUUGAACUUCUUCGUUUCGUUGGUAGAACCAACGACGACCAAAAUCCAAGUCUCCCUUUUUUGGGAGCAGAGCUGAAAAAGAUGGGAAAUUCCAAUGAUUCUUCGUUCAUUAGAAUGUCGAUUCCUCACAAUCGCUCUUUGUGAUGCUGCGGAACCAUGGCAAUUAGGAUCUCAAGACGCAGCAACACCUAUGAUGCAAGGAAUCAUUGACUUACAUCACGAUAUCUUUUUCUUCCUCAUUCUGAUUUUGGUUUUCGUAUCACGGAUGUUGGUUCGCGCUUUAUGGCAUUUCAACGAGCAAACUAAUCCAAUCCCGCAAAGGAUUGUUCAUGGAACUACUAUCGAAAUUAUUCGGACCAUUUUUCCUAGUGUCAUUCCAUUGUUCAUUGCUAUACCAUCGUUUGCUCUGUUAUACUCAAUGGACGGGGUAUUAGUAGAUCCAGCCAUUACUAUCAAAGCUAUUGGACAUCAAUGGUAUCGGACUUAUGAGUAUUCGGACUAUAACAGUUCCGAUGAACAGUCACUCACUUUUGACAGUUAUACGAUUCCAGAAGAUGAUCCAGAAUUGGGUCAAUCACGUUUAUUAGAAGUUGACAAUAGAGUGGUUGUACCAGCCAAAACUCAUCUACGUAUGAUUGUAACACCCGCUGAUGUACCUCAUAGUUGGGCUGUACCUUCCUCAGGUGUCAAAUGUGAUGCUGUACCUGGUCGUUCAAAUCUUACCUCCAUCUCGGUACAACGAGAAGGAGUUUACUAUGGUCAGUGCAGUGAGAUUCGUGGAACUAAUCAUGCCUUUACGCCUAUCGUCGUUGAAGCAGUGACUUUGAAAGAUUAUGCGGAUUGGGUAUCCAAUCAAUUAAUCCUCCAAACCAACUAAACCGGGGAAGCUGAAGCGGAAAUGCAAUUCUCGGGUGAGGGAAGGGGGAAGCCCCUGGAAGGCUUCGCUCGCUCGCUCAAAAAGCUCUAACGCUCGUUUACGAGUGGAGUGCAUAAGCCCUUAUUGAAGUAGGGCGAGGCCUUACUACACGAGCUCGUAAGUCAAGCACGGAACGAGCCUUGUCUACGAAGCUUCGCUUCAUCAUCUUGCUUGCUUCUGGCGAAGCUUAACGCACUAUAACAUAGGCAUGCAUGAUGGUAUGGUAGGAAGACUCCGACCACUACAUAGGAGCGACAGAAAAGAAAGCCAAGCCGUCAAAAGGAAAGGUGAGCAGCCCUUAUUGCAAUAGCAAACGGCCUACUUAUAGCCCUAUUA